CCGCCUGGUCUGCCCUCUCAUACCCCUCAAUGCCAUGGUGCCCAGGGACCCAUUGGAUUGUUGUCUGUCUGCCUCGUGCUUCUAGAGCCUGAGCAGCUCUAUGGGCCCGGAUGGCUAGACCCUGUCCAGGGCUUAUUCCCUGAUGUCGAAGCCGAUCUAUUGCUGCCUGGGAGUCUAGUAACUAGUUGUUGUUGUUCUUAUUCAGUGGAGUACCCUCAUCACACACUUGGAAGUUCCUGUGAGAGACCCUUAUGUUUAGGUUGUUUAUGGAAGAGCCCUUUGCCAGUUAGGUCUUGUCUCUAA